AUGGCAGAUCAAUGUCAGCACGAUUUUGUACCUAUCUGCGGCCAGGACUCCCUCGGGAUUACGCGAAUGUUUAACGACAACUGUGAUCUUUAUGAGUAUAACUGCGAUGAGAAGAAACAAUAUCGUCAUGUAAAAAUGGACGUUUGCAGAUAUGAAGCAGCCGCCGCAGAAAGAGCGAAGCGACAAAUCAAACACAUUGCAAAUACUAGUCCUGAAGUAAAAUAUUUA